AAAGUCUACGGGAUUGAGUCAUUUGUGCUGUCCCCGUCAGAAACGAAGGAUCUUUACCCAUUGAUGAACGUGGGUGAUUUGUACGGUACACUGUACGUGCCCACCGAUGGCACCAUGGAUCCAGCUGGAACCUGUUCCACAUUGGCACGGGCGGCCACAGCUCGCGGUGCAUCGGUGAUUGAGAACUGUCCCGUGACAGGGAUCCAGGUGAAGAUCGAUCAUUAUGGAGUCAGGCGACUCUCGGGGGUACAGACUGACUAUGGAAUGAUACAGACGUCUUGUGCGAUUAACUGUGCAGGUGAGCGAAAGCAAGCAGCAGAAACAGUCUGCCAGUCAUUACUGGGAUACAGGGGGAUAGAAAGGAACU